ACAAUGUGUACACACACUGCGCUGCUUGUGAGAGGUUUACGGUAGCAAUUUGAAAAAGAGGAAAUUGUGAAAGCACUCGUGCAAACACGGUGAGGAGAACUGACGGGACGCGGCGAUGUCUGUAGCCUGUUAAAGUGGGAGUGAGUGUGUAGUGGGGGGAGUUUAUCUGCCACCCAGCAGCUCACACACGAAUCGUAUCACACGUCUGUGGUGAUGAUGAUGAGAACGAGGGAAUAUCGGCGCUCUGCUCUCACACCGCGUCUGAGCUGCUGCUGCGCCUGAGAUGUGGAGCUGCUGGCUGGCUGUCGCAUUGUUUUCACUGAGUCUGGAGGGUAUUUUCCCUUUUUUCCGUCUUUGCGUCUCUCGGACAUCCUUGUGCACACUGCAGUGUAAUGAAGAUGCGCAGCAGUGUGGUGUAGCGCCGUAAGCAGGAGAGCACUUUCACCACAGAGCGCGUGUGCGCAGUUCGGGCUGUAGACAGACAGAGCCGGGAGAGGGGGAGGGAGGAGGAGGAGGAGGAGGGGGGUUCACGCGGAACAUGACCAUGUCGGUCCCGGAGAGGAUCUCGGAGUCUGGAGGAAAAGAAGAGGAGAGUGAGGAUGAGAGUGAGAUCCUGGAGGAGAGCCCGUGUGGCCGCUGGCAGAAGAGAAAGGAGCAGCUCAGUCAGGGGAACGUUCCUGGCAUCGAGAGUGCUUCCUUGGCUAUGGACACAGAAGAAGGAGUGGAAGUGGUGUGGAAUGAGGUGCAGUUCUCUGAUAAGAAGGUCUUCAAAGCUCAUGAGGACAGAAUCAGGGAAAUGUUCGAGAACCUCAUGCAGGUGGAGCACCCCAACAUCGUCAAGUUUCAUAAAUACUGGCUGGACAUGAGGGAGAACCGAGCCAGGGUGAUUUUCAUCACGGAGUACAUGUCUUCUGGAAGUCUUAAGCAGUUUUUGAAGAAGACGAAGAAAAAUCACAAGACUAUGAAUGUUAAGGCAUGGAAACGCUGGUGCACACAGAUCUUGUCUGCCCUCAGUUACCUGCACUCAUGUGAUCCACCCAUCGUCCACGGUAACCUGACCUGCGACACCAUCUUCAUCCAGCACAAUGGCCUCAUAAAGAUCGGCUCAGUGUGGCACAGGCUUUUCGUCAAUGACAUGACCAAGUGGUAUACGCCAGGUGUCGGAUUGGAUAUACAAGGCUCGCCCACGGUUUUAAAAGUAUUCCCAGAGGCCAUCCAUGGGAAUGUACACCAGCACCGGGACGAGGCACGUAAUCAGCACUACUUUGCUCCAGAGUACGGCUUUGCUGAGGACGACUACUCUAUUGAUAUCUAUUCUUUUGGUAUCUGUGCUUUGGAGAUGGCAGUUUUGGAGAUUCAGGCCAAUGGUGACACUGCUGUUUCUAAAGAGGCCAUAGCACAUGCUGGACAGUCACUGGAGGACCCUCUCAUGAGGGAGUUUACGCAGUCGUGUGUGUGCACAGAAGCCAAGAUGAGGCCGACAGCUCAUGACCUGCUCUUCCACAGAGUACUGUUCGAAGUCCACUCCUUGAAGCUGCUCGCUGCUCACUGCUUCAUCAGCAACCAGUAUCUGCUUCCUGAGAACUGUGUAGAGGAGAAGACCAAGGCUAUAGACCCAAAUGGCAUCAUGGCAGAGAUAAACCACAGCGACCGGCCGGGAAUCCAGCUAAAGUACUCUCAUGUCUCUCCACUGGAGCUAGACAAGUUCCUUGAAGAUGUUAAGAAUGGGAUCUACCCCCUAAUGAACUUUGCCUCACAGAGGCCGCAUCCUAUUCCACGUGCCCUCUCUCUGUCCCAGGAGCACAUGGAGACAGUGAAAACACCAACUCCAGAGCCUCAAGAAACAGAGACUAGGAAGGUUAUCCAGAUGCACUGUAAUUUAGAGGCUAAUGAGGAAGGUACCAGGAGUCAUCUUUCUCUGUUUUUGAAGAUGGACGAUAAACUUCACCGCCAGCUUAGCUGCGAUGUUCUUCCAACUGACCACCCCAGAGAUCUGGCCAGUGAGCUGGUUCACCAUGCAUUUAUCAGCGAGGAUGACUGUGAGAAGUUGGCAUGCUUUUUGGAAGAGGCACUAGGGAAACACUGGGGUGGGGCUUCCACGUCUCCUUCAUCCAUCGUGCUAAUGCACUGAGUCACACUGGAAUGCUGUUGUGAAGCAGAGAAGUUGGCUGGAGCCGGUCUAAGAGAAAGGAAACAGGGAGCUGACGAGUUACCAAAAGUGCAACACUUUCUAAAUGGGAAAGGGCACGACAUGCCUUGAAGUGAUAGAAUUGAAUAGCUCCAUGGUAGCAAGGCUGUAAAGAACUGACCGUUAACAUUAUCCAAAAAACCCACAACAGGCAUGUUGCUCUUUCACCGGUGAUGAAUCCACCAUGUAUUCCUUUAUAUGUUUGAUGGAUUUUUGUGGACAUUCUCAAUGCCGUUUUACCAUGCUGGAUGGUAAUGUCCAUCUUCCAUCCAAGAAGUUUUUGGCAAAGGAAAAUGCCACAGAAGUAAAGUCUUGGGGGGGGAAAAGAACUUGGGGAGGAAACAAGAAAGGAUACUAUAAGAACAAAUAGUUGGUUCUCAUGGGUCUGCCAGCCCAUGUCUCUUGAAGUGUCAAGGUUGGGUGUUUUUUUUUUUUUUUUUUUGUUUUAAAUAUAAAAGAUAACUACAGUGUGUAUUUAUUUAUUGUUUAAGAAUUAAACAUGAAAAAAGUAUGACACUUCAAA